AUGUUAUCUUUGAGACGUCUCAAAAGUAACCUAUCUACACGUGGCCUGGCACUCCCUCCCCUCCUUUUUCAUGUGUGUGUCACUGUUUGUGUACCUCCAUGCAUUCGCCUUCAACCGAUUUCGACACACCAGAGUGCCAUCAACGUUGGGCAUUUUGCAGAGGGAGGGAGGAGGCUGUUCGGAUUAGUGAGAGGGGAGUUGGCAGCACUGAGGGGCGAGCUGGUAGUGGUCCGGGAGGAGGUGGCUCGACAGAAGGAGCGUGUGUUGAUGCUGGAUGAGAGGAACCGGGAUUUGGAAAAUGAUUUGAGGCGUGCACUGGGUGUUGUGGGCGAGAGGAGUGUGGCGACUGCUGCUGUGGUGGAGGAGAAGGGGAGAGAGGUGGCAGUAGUGAAGGGGGAUCUGAUUCGAAUCAAUGCAGAGUUGGCACUAGUGAAUGGGAAGCUGACAGCAGUGACGGGGAAGGUGAAUGUAGUGAGGGGGGGAGUGAAUGCAGUCAAGGGGGAGGUAAAUGCAUUGAAUGGGGAGGUGAAUGCAGUGAAGCGGGAGGUCAAUGCAGUGAGGGGGGGUGUGAAUGCAGUGACGGGGGAGGUGAAUGCAGUGAGGGGGGGUGUGAAUGCAGUGAAGGGAGAGGUGAAUGCAGUGAAGCGGGGGGGGGGGGUGAAUGCAGUGAGGGGGGAGGUGAAUGCAGUGAGGUGGAAGGUGAAUGCAGUGAGUGGGGAGGUGAGUGCAAUUCAGGGGGAAUUGUGUGAGCACAGGCAGUCAACCGCACUGCUGAGGGAGAGGGAGCUGGCAGCAGUGAAGGGGGAGCUGGAUGAGCAUAAGGAUACCCUCAUGAGAUUGGAUGUUGAUUCGAGAAUCAGCAAGAGUGUAGGCGAUCAGAAGACUGCAUGGGAGGUGAGUGAUGAGUUACUGUUUCACAGGGUAUGCAUAGUUUAA